CGAUGUACUUUCGGCGCAGGCGGAUGAGGUAAUAUGUACGUCAUCGGCCAGCCAAACGCAACGUUCUAUUGGCGUAAAACUACCGUCGACAUUUGCGGCAACCUUUUUACCUUAAAAUAAUCAUUUUCACUAAAUAACGUCAUCUUUACCGUGAAUUUAGGAGUGGGAGUCGACGUCCAACACUCAAGAUGUCGUACAUGUUACCACAUCUCCAUAAUGGAUGGCAGGUCGACCAAGCUAUCCUCUCCGAAGAAGACCGAGUGCUCGUCAUUCGCUUCGGACACGACUGGGACCCGACGUGUAUGAAAAUGGACGAGGUUUUGUACAGCAUCGCUGAAAAGGUGAAAAACUUUGCAGUCAUCUACCUUGUAGACAUCACGGAAGUGCCAGACUUCAACAAGAUGUACGAGUUGUACGACCCAUGCACUGUCAUGUUCUUUUUCAGGAACAAGCACAUCAUGAUUGAUUUAGGCACCGGUAACAACAACAAGAUCAACUGGACAAUGGAGGACAAGCAGGAGAUGAUAGACAUUGUUGAGACGGUGUACCGAGGAGCAAGAAAAGGAAGAGGUCUGGUGGUGUCACCGAAGGAUUACUCUACAAAAUACAGAUAUUGAUUUUUACACUUUUUUUGCUUAGUGAUAGACUACAAGUUACAGGCGUAAAUAAAGGUGUUUUAUUUUCUGUUUUGUUUUUUCUUUUUAAACAAGAGUCAUUGUCUUUGUGCUGUUAUAUUUUUUUUAAUUAAAUUUAGUUUUAAUCAAGGUUUGACCAUUUCUUCCUGCUUUUAUGACUCAUUUCUCAGUGCUGAACAAGGCCUCAUUUAA